UCCACCACCACCACCUCCAUUUCUUGACAACCCAAGAAAUGGAGGGAAAAUGCAAGCUUUUUUUGCUUUCUUUACUCUUUCUAGUGGCGGUUGACGGCGGUCGAGGUGGUGGCCGUGGUGGGGCGAACGCCAGAAACUUAUUAACUCCAUUAUCAUCUUCUUCAAAUCUCAACAAUGCUUACAUUGCCCUCCAAGCAUGGAAGUCAGCCAUGAAAGAUGACCCGAAUGGGAUCUUGAGCUCAUGGGUCGGGUCAAAUGUGUGUGAUUAUAAAGGAGUAUUCUGUUCAGAAGAUUCAUCUGAAACAGUAGUUGCUGGGAUAGAUCUUAACCAUGGUGGUCUUGAGGGUAUUCUUGUCAAAGAACUUUCCCUUCUUACAGACAUGUCUCUCCUCCAUCUCAACAGCAAUAGGUUCACCGGCACAAUCCCAGAUGGGUUAAGAGACCUUUUUGCCCUUUCUGAACUUGACCUCAGUAAUAACCAAUUAUCUGGAUCUUUUCCAACCACCAUCCUCCAACUCCCAAAUCUUGUCUAUCUAGACCUCAGAUUCAAUCUUUUUUCAGGACCCAUUCCAGAACUUCUAUUCACCAAGAAUCUUGAUGCAAUUCUUCUCAACAACAACAAAUUCGAAGGCCGAAUCCCGCAAAGCUUAGGCAAUUCCCCUGCUUCAGUCAUCAAUCUAGCCAAUAACAAGCUGACAGGUGACAUCCCAAUCAGCUUGGGGUAUUCUAGUUCAGGAUUGAAAGAAAUCCUGUUCUUGAACAACCAAUUAACCGGUUGCAUACCGCAAGGAAUCGGAUUGUGGUCGGAUUUACAAGUCUUUGAUGCAAGUUUCAACUCAUUAAUGGGUCAUUUGCCUGAGUCUGUUUCUUGUUUGGAAGACAUUGAAGUCUUGAAUGUGGCACACAACAAGUUGUCUGGUGAGUUGCCAGAUUUGGUUUGCGGGUUGAAAUCUUUGAUGAAUUUGAGUGUUGCAUACAACUUCUUUUCUGGGUUUAGUCAAGAAUGUGCUAAAUUGUAUGGUAGGAAUGUGGGUUUUGAUUUUGCAUUGAAUUGUAUACCAGGAAGGCAAAUGCAGAGGCCUGAGCCUGAGUGUUCUAUGAUUCCUGGUGGUAGUUUGAGUUGUCUUAGAAUCCCAUAUAUGAGGUCUGUCUCUUGUGGGACAAUGCUUAGAUCUUUGAAUUCAUCAACCCCAUGAGAAACAAAGUUGCAAAAUGUUGUGUUAGAUUCAAGAAAAAUGAAGUUUUUGGUUGAUGUGCUUGUAUUUGGAAGAC